CGGACGGUGGCCACGGGUCAUUUGUUAGUUUUAUCAUUUUUGUGUUUUCCUCUGUGUCUUUGCACCGACCUCUUGAUUUUACAAAUGCUGCCUUCUUUAUAAUUAUAAUUGCUCUUUCGCAUGACGUCUAGAAGCUUGCCCACCCUUUUGGAAGCAGUAUCGCCGACUGCCUCCUCCGCUCCGCCUCCUUUCAGAUGACAUGAUGGGGGUCGACCCUCUUUCUCCGAUUGCGCCCGCGCGACUCAGGGCGCUCUUACUUCCUGUUGGAAAAAUCAGACGGUCGAGAUUUCUGAGCUUUGCUGCGAGACUCCAAGCGGAAAAUGUAGUUCGCCUGGGAGACAUCAGUCCUGAUGCGCGGCCUAAUCGAAAUAUGUUCUCGCCGCUGGCGUUUCCUACAGGAAUGAUUCUUUACGACCUUGCCUUCUCCGUGCCCCCCAUCUCACACCUCGACUUGUUUCCCUUUGAGAUAUUCAGAGAACCGCUGGUGGUUAUUGCGAUAGCCGAUGGAUCUGAGCUUACUGAGAGUGCCGGACAAGACGAUGCAGGAUCAGCUAAGAGAUCCGACAAGGAGGGGCAUCCUACUCCGAAUGAGCUGUGUCAGCUCAGAAAGGAAUUGGAUAUACUUAGGGAGACCAAUCCAAGGGCAUUGGUCCACCAGCUUCUGAUAUUCGACUUUGAGGGACUUGAUAGACUUUCAAACGGCCCAGACGACGUUUUAUGGGUUCCACGGCCACAAGUGUCCAAAGCAACUACCAUGAAGACGGUGUUGUGUGACAUUACAUCACUUCUUCUUUCCGAGCUAGAUGAAUUUGCGAAGACUGUGCAGAGCAUCCCUUCUAUUGAAUCUCCCAAAGCGUCGUCCUGGGGCCCACAUCGAGGUCCUGAUCUACGACCCCGGCCGACGGACAAGCUAUACCAUCGGAUGACCCUGCCAUCGCAUGCACCACCUAGUCCAACUGGUACUCCGGAGCCCUCUCAAUCCUCCAAUCUCAGCUCGCCAGCUCCCAGCGACCAUGAAACUCCGACUACAUUUGAUGAAAUUACUCGAUCCAUCCAAGUAGCAAACCGUGCUACCGCAGCCAAGCCUAACUCGCUGCAGUCAUCGAAAGAGCAUAGCCGUGAUCGAAUGUCUGUCAGCAGCAUGAGCGCCACUGAUCGAACGAAGAACCGCAUUAAAGGGCGCAUGGGUGUCGUAGUCGGUACUCUUUUCCUCCAGGCGGGAAGAUGGCCGGAUGCACUGAAAGAACUCGUCGAAGCUGCGUCAAAUGCUAGGGCGAGCAGUGAUUACCUGUGGCAUGCCAAAGCGCUUGAAUCGAUUCUUACUUGUCUGUUGAUGUUUGGAUGGGCGGGAAUGGACUUUCAGAUCCCUCCCAUCUGCUAUCCAGUCGCUGAUAAAUCCUCGAAAUCAUUUUAUAGCAGUGGUUUUGAUUCGAGCUCCACGCAGGCGACACCUGGGAACCGCAUCAUUUCUCUCCAAAACUUAGCAAAUCUCCUACCUGAUCUUUCCAACAAUAUUUUGAACCUAUACAACCGCGCAGCAAACAUUACAGAUGAGCCACUUCCCCAACUUGUCUUUUCAGAGACAGUGAUACGUCUGGCAAGGGUGCUGGUGGCUGCGCGGGUCCGUGAUGGGGCACUGGAUGACAAUGCUCUGAAGCAUAUCGUCGUGAAUGAACCUUUGUUGCCUUUGCACCUGCCAGAAAGACCUCGCGGUAAUGUCAUUCUUCGAAAGUCUGAUAUUGGAAAUUUUCUGUUCCGGGCUCUUCCACUUUCACCUAGUUCAGACUUGCCUGCCACAGAUGCUGUACCUAUCAUCAUCGGGGUGGUCUCUGUCUUGAAUACUUUGGAUUUACCAAGAAAGAAAGCUUUCAUUCUAAGGGAGCUGCUGUCGAUAAUGGUACCAACGCUUGUUCAAGCUCGUAAGAUCGGUGCUGCGGAAGCUGGUAUUCAUCCUGCUGCCGGGUUAGUUUCCCUGAGCGACACAGCAUUCGAUAUCAACGCCCUUGAUGUCGGACCAGGAAACAUGGAACAAAGUAUGCGGAUGCUUCUUGCUACGAUAGGGGAGAUAUAUGGUGUCCAACCUUCUGGCUUCUAUGAAAAGGAAACAACGCGAUUUUCGACAUCCAGUGAAAUCCAACGUUCCCCAGAAUACGACUCGCUCGACGCUAUUGUUGAAAGGUCAUUUCGACAUGCCAUUCUAGAUGGAUACGGUGACUUGAAUUUGAAAAUCGAUGUCCUCAAAGCGUGCAUCAAUUGCUGUGAAGCUCUUCCUGACUUUGAUGGUGUUCUUCGUUUUACAGUUGAACUCCUCCAGACUGUUAGAGGGGAUCUGAUGCUCACAGAAAACCAAGCACCUCCAUAUUUAGCGCCAGAUGAACAAAUUCGUCUUUUGAACAAUAUCAAACGAACAGUCGGGGCAGCAAACAAGCUAGGCGCUUCGAACUUGGAGGCAGAGUACUGGGAUGACUUCUUAGUCCGCGGUGUUCAGUUGCUUUCUCUUCCAGACCCCAGGAGGCCUGUUCGUCGGUCAAAGACGGAAAUUGAUGCUGUGGCCGUAAGCAGUGAGAAGUCCAAAAAGGAUCCAUUUCUGUAUAACCCUUUCUCGAAAACGAACAGUAAGGCUGCUGAGCUGCUCAUGGUCGCUGGUGAACAUGCGUCGUUCCAAGUUACCCUUCAAAACCCAUAUGAAUUCGAAAUAGAGAUUGAGCGGCUCCGUAUCGAUAGCGAAGGUGUGCAAUUCGAUGCUGUAUCAGAGUGGAUUCUUCUUCCCCCGUUGUCUUUACAGGAUAUUACGGUUUUUGGAAUGGCCCAUGAAGAGGGGGCUCUUAAUAUCACCGGCUGUAUUGUGAAGGUCCGACACUGCAGAGAGCGAAAAUUCCCAAUUUUCACGGACUUUUGGAAACCUGAACCUGAAAUAAAAUUCAAACGGACUGGACUGGCGGCCAGAAAACCUUCGACGGAGCGUCCGUUGUCCUGGAGCUCGACAACUUCGAGGGAUGGGAAACAACUCCCCAGAAAGGGGCCUACAACGACUUCUUGCGAUGUGAAAGUGAUUGGUCAUCAGCCUUCUCUCGUCAUAGAGUCAAUGUCUCUGUCACAGUCUGCAAUGAUGGUUUUGGAAGGCGAGACUAGGUCGUUCAAAAUCACAUUACGAAACAUAUCCUCAUGUGCUCUUGACUUCAUCCUGUUUAACUUCCAUGAUUCCACCACGAGGCAACUUCAAUCUGCCUUGAGUAAUAGGGAUUUGUUGCCCGCCGAGGUCUAUGAGCUGGAGCUCAAGUUGUCAACAAAACCCGCUUUACGCUGGCGCCGGGAAGGCUUUCCCCAGGGUGAUCUUUCUAUACCUGCAGGCCAAAGUGCUACCUUUACUGUCGAUAUUCUUGGUAAACCUGGUCUACAAGACACGACCGUGCAGAUAGAUUAUUCCCGCGUCGGGCUUUCACAGGGUGAACUACCUGAUGUAUUUUACACCAGGCAGCUAUUCGUUCCGCUCACCGUCACAGUGAAUGCUAGCAUAGAGGUAGCCCGUUGUGACAUAUUGCCACUCAGCGGUGACUUUGCCUGGUGGAACAGUCGGAAUACAUUGACAAAGCCAGAUUCUACUGAAAAUGGCGCUGAUGUAUUCCUUCCAUCCACUGACAAUGAUCCCUUUUCGACGGUACUCUCGCACCUUGGUCUCGGCUCGUAUGGAUCCGAUCACUGCAUCUUGCUUCUUGACCUUCGAAAUGCUUGGCCAAGCCCUUUGUCAGUGACAAUGCAGGUGAGCGAGCAACCAGUGGAGUCAUUAGCGACAGAGAAACUACCGACAGACGCUGUGGAGGGACGCUAUUCUGUUCAGGGGGGCCUUCAACCGGGCCAAAUAUCGCGCUUCGUGCUUGUUCUUCCACGUGUCUAUCUGGAUAACCCUCAUGCUCCGAUCCCACUUCUCAAUACUGGGAGCAAAAGACAGUUUGUUGUCAGUGCCAACAAACUCACGUUUGAGGCCGAAGCAGCGUCGAGAGAGGCAUUUUGGUACCGAGAAGAACUCCUUAAGAGGGUAUGCGGAAUCUGGAAGGAAUCCCCCGCUGGACGUGAUGGAAUAAUCGACAUGAGAAACCUGCGCUUAAACACGCGGAUGGUUGAUGCUAUGCGACUUGAGGAUGUGGAUAUGACUUUCUCUCUGGCUCCUUCCUUUCUUGACGAAACCAAGAAUAACCAAGCCAGUACCGUUCAAACUGGGCGGUCUAAGUACAAGGUCCAAACGGACGAAAUGCUCGAUCUGACCGUGACGAUUCGCAACCGAUCCUCAAGGCCUAUUCACCCUCUGCUCAGGCUUCAGCCAAGCCUGCGCAAUCAGCCCAAUAGCAUUGCUCUAGAUCUAUCAAGGCGCCUCGCAUGGACCGGUAUGCUGCAACAAGUGCUCCCUAUCCUACAUGGUGGCCAAAGCAUACAAACCACCAUUGGAGUAACCGUCCUCUGUCGAGGAGAAUACGAAUUCGGGGCAACCGUCGAGGAGGUUCGGGUUUUGAAGUCUUCUUCGGGCUCCGAGGACAAUGUGGACGCAGACCAUCAAACACCACACCAACUAUCAAUUUACGAUGACGAAGGAGCGAUUAAGGAUACCUUCGGUGCGGGAGUUACUAAAAAAAGGCGGAUAUGGCACGCAAAAGAAACCUGCAUUAUGAAUGCUCAUGCGUAAGACGAGGAUGAAAGGAUAAUAUUUAUAACCUUAAUCUCUUCCUACCGAAGAUUGAUUCUUCAACAGUCCAAUGCUUGCAGCAUCAUCCAGUGGAUGGAAUUUUGUAUAGUUCUUGUGAUGAUACGUUAUGAAUGAUGCUGUGCCAUCCGAAGACUUGUGUUUUAAAGAAUUUAAUCCAUACGAGAAGAAAAUGUCAUGUUAUGGCUUAUGAGUGUGAUGUUGUGGCGAGAAGAGUUGGUGAGGAUUUGCAUUGACUGUACAUGUACACGAACCGAGUUCAAUCUAUAGAUAAAUUAUAUUGCACUGCAAUGAAGAUUUGUAUAUACACCUAU